AUGGCCUCAUCUACUCUUGAGACCAUCCCAACUCCAGCCAAUCAUACAGAUAAUGGGGAUAUGGCCUCAUCCACUCAUGGGACCAUCACCCCAACUCCAGCCACUCAUACAGAUCAUGGAGAACUGAUCACUCAUGGGACAAACACAGGCACCUCAGAAAAGCUUACUGCAUACACAAAGAACACAGCCCCAAAACCAAAGACCACUUCAAUUCCAACAAGCUCUACAAACAAACUAAAAAAUAUCACAUUGACCACUGAGACCAUAAAAACCUCAGUGAAGACCACAAUAAACCCAGCAAGAAACACAGGAUCCACAGAGACUGGAAGGCCCACAGUCAAGGUCACAGGAGACAGACCUGUUAAUGUGACCUCUCCUCAUCCAAACAAAACUGAAGUUAACAGUCAGGUGCCCAUUGGCUCUUUAACAGUCACCACAUCCAGCACAGAGCUGAAAUUAACCACGUCAGAAGCCCCAGACAAAAUGAGCCAUCCAUAUCAGGACAAAGACGGCUCACAGGGCGGUCUCAAUGUAGGAGUGGUGGGGGAGAAUGAUUCUUUCCCCGUGUGGGCCAUAGUUAUUGUGGUCCUGUUGGCUGUGAUUCUCUUCCUGGUGUUCCUUGGCCUGAUCUUCUUGGUCUCUUAUAUGACACGGAAGCGUCAUGCACUGAUUCAGAAGUCUGACGACAAUAACUCCGAGGAUGAUCAUGGCCCCAAUUCCUACCCAGUCUACCUGAUGGAGCAGCAGACUCUUGGCAUGGGCAAGAUCCCUAGGCCACAAUGA